UCACCUUCCGUGCCGUCUGCUAAAGUCUGUUGACGAGUACGAGCGUGUGGUGAAGUGAUGCGGUACUCGUGAAGAUUCUCUUCAUUAUAUCGAUAUGGUGGACCAGAUGAAAAUGACACGUGUGUCAGAACUUGAUGGCCAUAAAGAUCGUGUAUGGUGUGUCGCUUGGAAUCCUGCCGGAACCGUGUUGGCAAGCUGCGGCGGCGACAAAAGCACUCGUCUCUGGGCGCUCGAAGGUGGUGCGUGGACGUGCAAGGCUAUGCUGCUGGAUGGCCACCGGCGGACCGUGCGCAGUGUCUCGUGGUCUCCGUGCGGCAACCGCCUCGCCUCGGCCAGCUUCGACGGCACCGUGUGCAUAUGGCGGAUCGACGGGGAGUCGCGCACUUGGGAGAGCGUGGCCACUCUGGAGGGACACGAGAGCGAGGUGAAGGCCGUCGCCUGGUCCCCCUCCGGACGCCAUCUGGCCACCUGCGGCCGGGACAAGACGGUCUGGAUAUGGGACGUGGAAGAUUCCGACGAGUUCGAGUGCGCAUCUGUUCAGACGUGUCACACUCAAGACGUGAAAACAGUCAUAUGGCAUCCAACGGAAGAGGAGCUGGUGUCCGCCAGCUACGACAACAGCGUGCGCGUGUACGCCGAGCAGCUGGAUGACUGGGAGUGCGCGUACACACUGACCGAGCACCAGAACACCGUGUGGUCGGUGUGCUUCGACGGCCGGGGCCGACGCCUCGCCUCGUCCAGCGCCGACGGCAGCGUCCGUGUCUGGAGCCGGCUCCAGGGGGCGCCGUCGGGAGAGGCCCGCUGGAAGUGCGAGGGCACGAUCGGCACGCUGCACCCACGACCUGUCUACAGCGUCUCUUGGUGCCCUCUUACCGGCUUACUAGCCACAGGUUGUGGCGACAACGGAGUUCGCGUGUUCGUUGAAGAGCAGUCCGGCUCGGGAGAGCCUUCCUGGCGGCUAGCGUGCCACGAAACGCAUGACCAGGACGUCAACUGUGUCGCCUGGAACCCGUCCACGCCGGGUCUCCUCGCGUCGGCAGGGGAUGAGGGCCGUGUGCGCAUUUGGCAAAUCGAGCCGCCGCCGACUACGACGGUCGUGCAGUAGAAUGUUCCAUUAAUAAAUAUCUGUUGUGUUUUC